AUCGGAGAAAGAAGCCUCGUGAGGCGCAACGGUUUUCAAGAUGAACUGCACAAGUAUAACAAACGCUCUCCAAGAAUCAAGACUUUGCUGGAAAAAGCCGAUAGUAGGACCAGGUAAGCUGCCAUGAUUCGCUUUCUGUCUACCUAAUGCAAAACUCUGAGUUAUUUUAACCACGUUUGAUUAAACAGAAUUCAGGGUCACUCAAGUCCACCCUAUCUAAUGAUAAAGAAAUAAGGGUUACAACGAAAUAAGUGACCCUGUAUUCUGUAGUUUAUCCAGUGGAGGAGUUAAAAAGCACUUCUUCCAUCCCCUCACUGUCCCCUAUAUAUAUAUAUAUAUAUAUAUAAGGGGAAUGAUAAACCGAAUGAAAAAACCUUAAAGCCAUUUCAACUAAAGAAGAUGGUAAAGAUGGUGUGGUCUGGUUAUACAUUUACAUUGUAGAUUUCAGUACUUGUUUUGUUUUAAAGUAAGUUUUACCUUACCAAUGCAUUAUUUCUCUUGUCUGAUAAAUAAGUGCAAAAUAAAUGCAUUAAAAAUAGAGAAAUUUACCUAAGAUCAAAAUUUGAAUUCUCAUUUGUUGCCCCUAUUUAUUUCUAACACAAGCAGUGGAAAGAAGUUGAUAAAAUAUCAAGCAAAUUGUGUGAUCAUGUUCAUAAUUCUCAUGAGCACUCUGUUCUACAAAGCACUGAUAUUACAAGGAGAAAUUUGAUACUGAUCACUCGUAAGGCUUAAAGGGACAGUGUCCCGAUUAUGCGCACGCGCGAGCGUCAUCUGUUUUUUCUUCAAAAGACAAUAGAAAUGUCAUAUUGACUCGACAAGAUUUCCUUCCGGACCGCACCGCCGACAGAGAUUUGUUGUUUAUAUUCUCAAGUAAUAUUUUAGACUUUCAAAGAAGUCUUUCGUCUUAUAUAAAAAUUUGGCUCGCGGUUCGAAGACUUAUCGCGAUUUUAUCGCUAGCUGGGCCGCCUCGCGACCCGAAAAUCUCGUUCCGCUAGGCUUUAAAAACAUAUUUUCUAAUUUCAAACUCGUGUCAGAGGUCAGUUGUUCCAAGUCUAGUUAUAUCUGCCUGAUUUGCUCGCGUUAUAGCCUCAAACGUUUGAAAGACAUAAACAAAAAUGCAAUCUCAACGCUCGCUCAAUCAUCAGAAAGGUUAGUCAAAAAUUAUAUUAUGAUUUCAUGGCACUAGUUUUUCUAAACAUGUAGCGCCUGUUUGUUUGAUUUUGUCGGCCGUUAGGGAGAUUCAUUUAAAAAAGUUUACUAACGCGUCGUUGCAAAACAUUCUGCUUCACUAAGCUCCCCUCCACAAGAUCUCCCCAGUCACAUCAAUGUCUCAAUGGUUUCUUUCUUACAGUCUUUAUUGUUGCCGUUUCAUUUCCGCGUAUUCCUUUCACAAUUAUCUGAGCUUGUAUGGAAGCUAGCAGAAGAAAUAAGCCUUCAAUCGGCAUCAAAAUGCUUCCAAUCUUUUGGUCCUCCGGCCAACGGCAAUAAAAGUAACGCCAAAAAAUCCAGAUUUUGCCCAAAUCGAAACUUAAAAGGAACAAUAUAUCAUUGAUCUGUAAUCCUUAGAAGUUUUAGUGUGGUAUUGAACCCGGUCAAGCGCGAUGCAAACGGAUUUUUCAAGGUUCUCUUACUCUCCUCGCAUCUUUUGAUUUCGCGACAUCCUGUCCAAAAAUCAAAGUUUGGUACAUGCGCAGUAACGGGAUACUGUUCCUUUAAAGGGUUGAAAGAAUAAUGUGAAUUAUAAUAAUAAAAUUAUGUAUAAAAUUAGGAAAUAGAAUUUUAGGUUGCAGAAUUCUGCAAGUGUGAUUGAGGUAAGAGGGUCUGUCAGUCAAUUUGAUUCCGGAAUUACUCAGAACAGUGUGUAACUAAACUUGGUGCUCCAAGGAAACCAGUUUUAAUUUAAUAACAUUUCUCCUAUGGCAGAAAUAGAAAGGUGGGCAUCCUUUUGGUAGUGAACAAGGUUCUGCGGCAUUGAUCGGAGAGCUAAGAGGACUUCGGGAGGAAGUUAUCACUAUUGUAGAGGUAGGUGUUUUGGGAAUACAAUGUUUUUCGUGAUAGUGUGAUACAAAAUACCACAGGAGUACUACAAACUAAACUGUACAUUGAACCCUAAAUGCUUGGAAAGCCCAGAUACAAGUGGAAAUCAGACAAAAUGGAGAUGCAAUUUAGCUUUUAUUAUGAGGGUAUCCCUUGGGGGCCAUUCCUGUCACCAGACUACACCAAAUCUCACAGAAUACUAAUGGCUACAUAAUACUUAAUGAAUUUUGAUUUACAGCUGCAAGAUUUCUUGAAUGGUGGCAAGUACAUAUACUAAAAUAAUCUUCUUGUAUCAGGACAUGCACACUGUAAUUACCUCCUCAAUGAUGUGUGAAUGUAUUAGACGUAAUUAUGCUAUCAUUCUUUUUCGCAUAACAUAAAGAAAGCAUAAUUUCAACAAACUAUAAUUUAUACAGUAUACCAUACAUGCAUACCUGAAAACUGGAAAGAAGUAAUUAAACCAACAUUUUUUUGACAAUAGUAUUGUUAUGACCAUACUGACUUUUUAUGUGAACGCACUGUUUGUUGUGUUUUGAUUAUUGUUAUUAUCAUUUCUAAAAUUACACGUUUGUUUUUAUUGCAGAGAGAUGCAGAUGUUGACAGGAAAAUUCAGGAUUUUGUUGUGACAAAGGGAGGCAUCAUUUGCCAGCUUCCUCAGAAGAAGAUUGAUGCAGUGAUAGUAUUGCUUGGGUGUUUUUAUGUAUUUAAUGUAUCAUACACCCAACGCAAAGCCAUCUUGACUUUUCUAGAUCAGGCGUUGCUUGAAAGUGGACUGGGGUAG